AGAUGCAAGUGAAGCUUGCAGCAGAGCAAGCUAGAUUAAAGGCACAAGAAGCAGAAAAAAAGCAACAGCUUCAAACAAAUGCAAAAUCAGAUGCUACAUUUGUACAUCCGAACCCAGAAGAAAGCAUAUUGGAUUAUAGCAUUGCCCCAGUAGCUAUGGCUGAUGGUUUUGAAAAUCUUCAAUCGGAUUAUUCCACUGAUGAAGAUGAAAAACCAACAAAGAAUAAUAAACAGAGGCCUGAUUGGAGCAAACCUGAAGCACGGCAAGCUGCAAUUAUAAAUCAAGCAAGAACGUCAACAAAAUUAGUAGAUCUGUUGUUUAAUGUGAAAGCGACCACACCGGAUUUGAGAGUUAUAUUCCCAGGAAUUAGCAAAGACAAAUUAAAUCGAAGAUCUAGUGCUGUCUGGAAGACACCUCCUAGGUACUCAAUGCUACCUCGAUUUUAG